CUGAGUUCUGCUCCGGGUUCUCGCGAACCCGCGCGCCCGCAGCCAGAGUAAGGGGACUCGGGAGCUGGCGCCGCGGAGCUCCGGAAAUUGGGCGGGGACGCGGUCAGGCUGGAGCUGCUGGGCCUUGUGAUUCAGCCGCACGCCCAGAUUUCAGGGUUUUUGUCCCCGGCACCGGGCGCAUAACUUCCUCAUUCCCACCAGGACCCCUGCUUCCAGCCAGCCCGGCCUGGCUUUGAGCUCCGCUGUCCCCCGCGGUCUCUCUACCACGCGGGGCAUCUUCCGUCGGAUUCUGCCUUACCCAGUUCGAGGCCAUCCUAAGCCUGGAUGACGGCAACCCAGGAGAACCCUUUCCCCUAUGGGGACUACCUGAACUCCAGCCAGUUGCACAUGGAGCCUGAUGAGGUUGACACUCUGAGAGAAGGAGAGGACCCAGCUGACCGAAUGCAUCCCUUUCUGGCCAUCUACAACCUUCAGCCUCUCAAAGUGCACCCCUUGGUGUUCGCCCCUGGGGUCCCUGUCAUAGCCCAGGUGGUGGGCACUGAAAGAUACACCAGUGGUUCCAAGGUGGGAACCUGUACUCUAUAUUCUGUCCGCUUGAGUCAUGGUGACUUUACAUGGACAACCAAAAAGAAAUUCCGUCACUUCCAAGAGCUCCAUCGGGACCUCCAGAGACAUAAAGUCUUGAUGAGUCUGCUCCCUCUGGCUCGCUUUGCUGUAGCCUAUUCACCUGCCAGAGAGGCAGCCAAUGAAGAAAUUCCCUCCCUACCCCGAGGAGGUCCUGAGGGCUCCACCAGACAUGCAGCCAGCAAACAGAAAUACCUGGAGAAUUACCUCAACCGCCUCCUGACUAUGUCUUUCUACCGUAACUACCAUGCCAUGACAGAGUUCCUGGAAGUCAGUCAACUUUCCUUUAUCCCAGACCUCGGUUCCAAAGGACUGGAAGGGGUCAUCCGGAAGCGCUCAGGUGGGCACCAUGUUCCUGGCCUCACCUGCUGUGGUCGAGACCAAGUUUGUUAUCGCUGGUCCAAGAGGUGGCUGGUGGUGAAGGACUCCUUCCUGCUCUACAUGCGCCUGGAGACCGGCACCAUCUCAUUUGUUCAGCUUUUUGACCCUGGCUUUGAGGUGCAGGUUGGGAAAAGGAGCACAGAAGCGCGGUAUGGAGUGCGGAUUGACACCUCCCACCGGUCCCUGAUUCUCAAGUGUAGCAGCUACCGGCAGGCACGAUGGUGGGGCCAGGAGAUCACUGAGCUGGCACAGGGUCCAGGCAAAGACUUUCUACAGCUGCACCGGCACGACAGCUAUGCCCCAACCCGGCCUGGCACCUUGGCCCGGUGGUUUGUGAAUGGGGCAGGUUACUUUGCUGCUGUGGCAGAUGCCAUCCUGCGAGCUCAAGAGGAGAUUUUCAUCACAGACUGGUGGUUGAGUCCUGAGAUUUACCUGAAGCGUCCAGCCCAUUCAGAUGACUGGAGACUGGACAUUAUGCUCAAGAGGAAGGCAGAAGAGGGUGUCCGUGUAUCCAUACUUCUGUUUAAGGAAGUGGAAUUGGCCUUGGGGAUCAACAGUGGCUACAGCAAGAGGACUCUGAUGUUGCUGCACCCCAACAUAAAGGUGAUGCGCCACCCAGAUCAUGUGACACUGUGGGCCCAUCAUGAGAAGCUUCUGGUGGUAGAUCAAGUAGUGGCCUUCUUGGGGGGGCUGGACCUCGCCUAUGGCCGCUGGGAUGAUUCACAGUACCGACUGACUGACCUUGGGGACUCCGAGUCAGCUGAUUCACAGACUCCCACACCAGGCACAGACUGUGCAAACACCCCUGAUCUCUCUCAUAACCAGUGCUUCUGGCUGGGCAAGGACUAUAGCAAUCUCAUCACCAAGGACUGGGUGCAGUUGGACCGGCCCUUUGAAGAUUUCAUUGACAGGGAGACUACACCUCGGAUGCCAUGGCGAGAUGUUGCAGUGGUUGUCCAUGGUCCAGCUGCCCGGGACCUUGCCCGGCACUUCAUCCAGCGCUGGAACUUCACCAAAACCAUCAAGGCCAAGUACAAGAUACCCAUGUACCCCUAUCUGCUUCCCAAGUCCACCAGCACUGCACACCAUCUCCCCUUCACACUCCCAGGCGGGCAGUGCACCACUGUGCAGGUCUUGCGGUCUGUGGACCGAUGGUCAGCAGGGACUUUGGAGAACUCCAUCCUCAAUGCCUAUCUGCAUACCAUCAGAGAGAGCCAACACUUUCUGUACAUUGAGAACCAAUUCUUCAUCAGCUGCUCAGAUGGGCGCACAGUUCUGAACAAGGUGGGCGAUGAGAUUGUGGACAGAAUCCUGAAGGCCCACAAACUGGGGCAAUGUUUCCGGGUCUACAUGCUUUUGCCUUUGCUCCCUGGCUUUGAGGGUGACAUCACCACAGGAGGUGGUAACUCUAUCCAGGCCAUUCUGCACUUCACUUACAGGACCCUGUGUCGUGGGGAGUAUUCAAUCCUGCAUCGUCUCAAAGCAGCCAUGGGAACAGCAUGGAAGGAUUACAUGUCCAUUUGUGGGCUUCGCACACAUGGAGAGCUGGGCGGGCACCCGGUCUCAGAGCUCAUCUAUAUCCACAGCAAGAUGCUCAUUGCAGAUGACCGGACAGUCAUCAUUGGUUCUGCUAACAUCAAUGACAGGAGUUUGCUGGGGAAGCGGGACAGUGAGCUAGCCAUACUGAUUGAGGACACCGAAAUGGAGCCAUCCCUCAUGGACGGGGUGGAGUACCAGGCCGGCAGGUUUGCCUUGAGUUUGCGGAAACACUGCUUUAGUGUGAUUCUUGGGGCAAAUGCCCGGCCAGACUUGGAUCUCCGAGACCCUGUCUGUGAUGACUUCUUCCAGCUGUGGCAAGAAACAGCAGAGAACAAUGCCAACCUCUAUGAACAGAUCUUCCGCUGCCUACCAUCUAAUGCCACACGUUCCCUGCGGACUCUCCGGGAAUACGUGGCUGUGGAGCCCCUGGCCAUGGUCAGCCCUUCAUUGGCUCAGUCUGAGCUCACUCAGAUCCAGGGACACCUGGUUCACUUCCCUCUCAGGUUUCUGGAGGAUGAGUCUUUGCUGCCCCCACUGGGGAGCAAAGAGGGCAUGAUACCUUUAGAAGUGUGGACAUAGCCUAGGCCCAGACCAGCAGAGGUCACCAGCUGCUGGGUUCCACUGUACCUGGAUAUCUGCCUCGGACCCUGAGUUCUGGGGCAGUGCCUUUUAAUCUCUGGGGAGGACAUCCCUGAGGGGUCCUAGAGAAUCAUAGAGGCCACUAACUUGAGAAAUAGCCAAAGGGGGCACUCCUAAGCUUAGCCUGGGGAAGUAGGAGAGGGUUCAAGUGAGGUCUGCCCUCCUGCUGCCUAGUUAACUCCCACCAGGCGGCCCAGAGUCAAGCCUUUUAUUCUGGGAGAAGGGGGUUCUGUCUUGGGCCUUCCUCAUCUCACUCUUCCUCCUGCCUUAGAACCCCCUCCAUACCCCAGGGCCUCUCCUAGCCCAUUGGUGCCAAUAUGGAGGGAAGGAUAGAGCCUCUUUUGGCCGCAGUCCCUGCCAACAGCCUCGGGGAGGACGCACUAACAGCCUCCACCAACCUGCUGACAGACACUAACUUUGUACCAGUUCAUUAAGCAUUUCAUAAAUAAAAGUGUAGAAAAGACC